CAUCAAAUCGAGUGAAACGUAUAAUGAUAGAAAUUCUAAUUAUUUUUGUUUAUUUUGCAGGUUAUAAAUGUGGACAGCCAAAUACCAACCAUGGAGUAGAGAAUUUAAACUUAAUUUCACGAAUUGUUGGUGGACAGGAGUCCAAAUAUGGAGAUCAUUGCUGGCAGGUUUCUUUGCAAAGAGAUGGCCACCAUAUCUGUGGAGGCUCCAUCAUCACUAGAAAGUGGAUCCUAACAGCAGCCCACUGUUUUCCAAAAGACCUUAACAAGAUACUGAAGUCACUGCGAGUAUCCAUUGGAGACCAUGACCUUUCCAUCAAGGAAAAAUGGGAGCAAAAACUUUCAGUGAAACAAGUCAUAUGCCACACAAAAUUUGACCCUUUUAAUCCAUUUAGCUAUGACAUCGCCAUGCUGGAGCUGGAGAAAGAAAUUAAUUUCAAUGACAAAGUGCGACCCAUAUGUCUACCUAAUGCCAAUGACAAUUUUGCACCAGGAACACUCUGCACUGUAACCGGAUGGGGGCGUCUGAAAGAAAAUGGACCACUUCCCACGAAGUUACAUGAGGUCCAGUUGGCAAAGCUUGAGGACAAAAGGUGCGGCAGUGUGCUGUCGACUCUGAGGAAGUCAAAGGGACACACGGUGUUUUGCGCUGGCUUUGAAGAAGGAGGUAAAGAUGCUUGCCAGGGAGAUUCUGGAGGCCCCAUUGUUUGCCCGAGGGAAACGGGCGCACUGGUACUUGCUGGCAUCACAUCAUGGGGUAUGGGCUGUGCUCGUGAGUGGGCGAAUAAUGCAGCCAAACCGAAGAUAAAACAAGGAUCUCCAGGAGUCUUUACCGACCUCAAGUUAUUCUUAACCUGGAUUUAUGAAAUCCUAAAUCAAGGGACUGAGAAUCAAAGGAAGUCAGCAUCAAAGCUGUGCAGUUCCGUGGAUGGUGGGCUUACAGGAACAGCGGGACACAUCGACUACCCUGGCGCACCACAGCAGCACUAUGGAAACAAUGAAAUGUGUGUCUGGUCUAUAAAUGUUCCAGAUGGCAAGCAUAUACUGCUGGAGUUUUCGAAAUUUGACCUGGAAGCAGAGGCUACUUGCAGCGCUGACUCUCUAAUGAUCUUAACUAGCAACAACAUAUUGAUUGGGCAGUUUUGUGGCAGGAAUAAUCCUCUGCCCAUGCUCAUUGAAUCAAAUAAAGUCUUCUUGAAGUUCACAUCUGACUUUAGUGAAUCAAGGACAGGAUUCUCUUUGACCUUCAAGGCUGUGGCGCCACAUUCUCAAGCAGAUUCUGGCUGUGGAUCAGUCGCUGUGCUCUUGACGGAAGGCACCAUUCAGACCCUGCACUACCCAAGGCUGUAUGAGUCGAGGUCGCACUGCCACUGGAUUAUCCAAGCUCCCAAGGACCACAUCAUCAAGCUCAGCUUUGAGGAUUUUGAACUGGAGCCUUCGGACGACUGCACCUACGACUCGCUGAAAGUUUACGGGGAUGCAGUAGAAUCUCAAGAACUAGCGGCCUUGUGUGGUCUAGAAAUCCCCCCUCCUGUGGUCAGCGUUCAGAAUUUGAUGGUUCUGUACUUUAAGUCUGAUGUCACCUAUGCAUAUCGGGGCUUCCGUGCAAAUUUCUCCUUCCAUGCUGUGGAACCAAAUUUAGAUUAUGGAAAACUGGAUCAAAGUGACGCUCUCAUUAGCCAUACAACAGAACAUCCGUUUCCUGUUGAUUUGUGUGGAAUUCCCUCAGCUCCUGUAAGACUUGCUUACCAUCGCAUUGCCGGUGGGGAGGAGGCCAUUCCUACCUUCUGGCCUUGGCAAGUCAGUCUGCGUGUUGUACAUGAACAUCUCUGUGGAGGAGCCAUUAUUGGUCCAAAAUGGAUCAUAACAGCAGCCCACUGUGUUUACAACAGGAAAGAUUAUGUAAAACUCAUGGCGGUAGUUGCUGGAGACCAUGAUAUUCUGAAUGAAGAUGCAAGUGAGCAGAAGCGUUCAGUGAAGAAGGUUAUCAUUCACCCACGCUACAAUGACUCCACUCUGGAUUACGACCUGGCCUUGCUCUUGCUGGAAGAUGCUUUACAGUAUAAUAAAAAUGUCCGCCCAGUGUGCCUUCCUCAUGCCAACUGGACUCUUGAACCUGGCAAAAUCUGCACGGUUACUGGCUGGGGCAGUGCAACAACAGAUGGAAAAAUGAAUGAGAAGUUACAGCAGCUGAAUGUGCCCAUUCUGAGCCCAGAGUCCUGUGCCACAUACUACCCUGAGGUCACCGACAGGAUGUUCUGUGCAGGAUUUACUUUACAAGAAGGCAAGGACACGUGCACGGGUGACUCCGGUGGACCCCUGGUUUGUCAAUCUCAGGAAAAGCGUUACUUUCUAUGUGGAAUAACAAGCUGGGGUGCGGGCUGUGGAAACAGCCCAAAACCUGGAGUCUACACUUUUGUCUUACACUUCACUGAAUGGAUACACAAGCAAAUGACCUCUCAUUGUGACCGAGAUGAUACAGGCAUACUGCUCCAGUCUACAUCAACUCAACUUCCAUCAUGGAGGACUGAAAACAAGUUAAAAAGAAAUUUAUUAAAAGAUAAAGCUCUUCAACAUGUGGAUAACAGCAGAUAUCAAAAUGACUCACAAACAAUGCAGCUGACUAAUGAGUGCAAAGAUGUUGUUAUAAAGCAGGAGAAAGGCCAAAUACAAUCUCCAAGUUAUCCCAAUCCCUACCCAAACAACAUCAAUUGCCAAUGGAGAAUCAUUGCGCCAAAGAAUAUGUUUAUCAAAGUGAAAUUUCGAGAAAUCAGCAUUAGCGCUCAUGGAGGAAACUGCUCUGAUUUCUUUGCUUUGUACGAUGGAACAUGGAAAAACAAGAAAAUGAAAGCCAAGUUUUGUGGUGAUGCAAAUCCUUGCACCCUUUGGUCCAGAGGAGAGGAAAUGACAAUGGAGUUCAAGGCUGACCAUCAGGGGUCUGCCGCCGGAGUCAGCCUGGAGUACAGCAUUCAUGCCUCAAUGGAAGAACAACCAUAAAUAACACAUGGCUUACAAAAAUCAAAGAGUAUCUGCAUACUACAUUGUGAUUUUAUAACUGUGAUUUACAAUUAAUGCCAAAUAUAUAAUAACAUGAAAAUGUGAUUUUUAGCUUUAAGAGUUCUCUUUCUUGCAAAACAGAUCAGAAGUGAAUGCAAUGAAUAAUAAUGUAAUAUUAAAAAAACUGUAUGGAAAUAAAUGCUUAUUGUCUUGAUUUU